AAAUAUAUAGUUUAAUUUCCAAGAAUGUGUGAUAACAUUUUUAUUAAUUAAAGAAAAUAAAAAUUGAUUAUGUUAAAUGGAUUGGAAAAGUAUUUUAAAGGAACGAAAUCUCAGAUAUCAGCAAGAAAAAGGAGGAAAAGCAUUUGAUCAUGAUAAAAACGAUGAACACCAACUAUUGUUAAAGUAUUAUGAAGAAUAUAAAGCAAAACUGAGUUCCAAUAAUAGCUCAAAUAGCUCAGGAAUACCAAGAUUUUAUUUUAAGUUACCAACAGAUGAUGAUGUUUUGCAACAAAAGUUAAGAGAAGAGUCACGAGCAGUUUUUCUUCAAAGAAAAAGCAAAGAACUUCUUGAUAAUGAUGAACUUCAUGAGCUUUGGAAUCUUCUAGAAAAACAUAGUGUUCCUCCUCCUAAUGGUGAUGAACAAAUGAUUGAUUAUGAAGGUUUUUUAAAAGUUAAAGAAGAAGCUGUCUCUAAAUGCAGUCAGUUCUUCAAACCAAUUACAUAUGCAAAAUUAUUUCAAAAAGAUAGGUUUGGAAGAAUAUCAAUCAUGCAGUUUUUCAAUUAUGUAAUGAGAAAAGUAUGGCUUUAUCAGACUCGCAUUGGUUUAAGUUUAUAUGAUGUUGCUGGUCAAGGUUUUUUAAGAGAAUCAGAUUUAGAAAAUUACAUUCUAGAGUUGAUUCCAACUCUUCCUCAGUUAGAUGGUUUGGAGAAAAAUUUUUAUUCAUUUUAUGUAUGCACUGCUGUUCGAAAGUUUUUUUUCUUUCUUGAUCCUAUGAGAACUGGUAAAAUAAAGAUCCAAGAUGUUUUAUCGUGCAGCUUUCUUGAUGACUUACUUGAGCUUAGAGAUGAUGUUUUAUCGAAAGACAAACAGGAAUCUAAUUGGUUUUCUGCUCCAUCUGCUUUACGGGUAUAUGGGCAGUAUUUAAACCUUGACAAUGAUCAUAAUGGUAUGUUGAGCAAGGAAGAACUUAAACGAUAUGGCACUGGUACCCUCACAAAUACAUUUUUAGAUAGAGUCUUUCAAGAGUGUUUAACCUAUGAAGGUGAAAUGGAUUACAAAACAUAUUUGGACUUUGUGCUUGCAUUGGAAAAUAAAAAAGAGCCUCAGUCGUUGCAAUAUUUAUUCAAAAUUCUUGAUGUCCAGCACAAUGGUUACUUGAACACUUUUGCAAUAAAUUACUUUUUCAGAGCAAUUCAGAAAGAAAUGGAUAAACAUGGUCAUGAAAAAGUCUUGUUACACGAUCUAAAAGAUGAGAUAUUUGACAUGGUAAAACCUGCUGACAAUAUGAAAAUAACGCUUCAAGACCUUAUAAAUAGUGGUCAAGGUGACACAGUUGUUAAUAUUUUAAUUGAUGUAAAUGGUUUCUUGACAUAUGAAAACAGAGAGCUGCUUGUUAUGGAAGAGAAAGAUGAAGUCAUAUAGUUUUUUUAUGGAAAUAAUGAUGUUCACUAUAGAAUGUAGCAAAAAUAUUUGUUUUAAUUUAUCAAGAUUAUCAAUAUUUGGUCAAAUAUAGUUAAAUAAUAUUCAGCUAA